AUGUUAGCAAAUAGCAGAAAGUCACUUUUUAUACCAUGCUUGGACACGGAGGAAGCUCAGAAUAGUGAGGCAGAAAAUUGCGAAAGCGAAGCUUGUGUUAGUCAAAAUGGCGAGAGGGAAACUUGUAUGGACACUUUAAAUAUUUCAUUAACUGGGAAUGGUAAAAUAGAUGCAGUAUUUCAAAAUGGAAGCCGCUGUAAAAGUGUUGAACUAAAGGACACAACUUCAAGCACAAAUGUUGUUUGUACAAGUGGAUGGUCUGAAGUGCUUAGUAAUAAAACUCAAAUAUUCAAUGGUGAAGCUAAGAAAACUUCACAGAGAAGAAAGAGUAUUAGACGAAUGCAUGCAAAUCUAUCUGGUACAAAGUAUGCUGUAGGUAUGCAUCACAAAAAUAUAUAAAUUUAGAAUUAAUGGUAUUUGUAAUUUACAAAGUAAUCAUAACUUUAUUUAUUAUAUGGCUUUUCAAAAUUCUCUAUUCUGAUUGGUUGACAAGCGGUCCGUAAAAACCCAUAUCCAGACCGUGGUCCGCAUUUUCCAUAUGUGGACCGGUGUCCCGGAUGUCGUUUAUCUGGUGGGAAAUUUUUGCUUUGCAAACAGAAAGUUUUUUGCUUUUUAACUUUCCAAUUGUGUGUCAUUAAAAUUCACAGAUAAAAAUUUCAAACAACCAAAUUGUUUUUGAUUGUGCAUGCAUGCCUACCAUAUAUUGUCACCCAGUGAAACUGACGAUAGCCGAUUUAAUUAGCGCGAAAAGCAUAUGCUCACAGACUCAGUUCAGCCAUAUAAUAAACCAAUUAUUGACCUCGCUUGUUCGGUCUGUACUGUGAAAUAUCAGACCUCUGUUUUUUGCAUGGAUCUCACUCCUUCGUCACUCGGUCCAUACUAAAAAACCUCGGUCUGAUAUUUCACAGUACAGACCUCACGCUCGGCCAAUAAGCUGUUAAUACACCUGGAAAUUAUGAGUCCAGAAUAUAGCAAGUGAACACAUCAUGAGAAUUUUUUUGUCCAAUAACUUUGAAUAACUAUAUUUAUGCCCACACAACAUACUAUAAUAGUAUUUGUUGCAUAUUAUUGACCAUAGUCAUUGCAGCACGUCCGCCACAUAUUUUACGCCAAGAAAAUUUUGUACAGAUUUUUGUAUGCCAGCUAGUAUUUUGUAUGCUAAAAAAUUAUAAAAUUCACAGAUGCCAUUCAAGAUAAUGUGCUAUGUACUAGCCCCACGAGGGUGGUAAUAACUAUAAUACAUCGCAUUUUAAAUAUAUAAUAAUAUAAACUAUGUUCAAACUGUUACUUUUAUUGCAAUUAUUAAUAUUGAUGCAGAUCUUUUACGCCACAUCUAAGGAUUUCAUGUAAAAUUACGCCAGCAGAAAUAAAUGUCCUAAGUCUGUACACCUCAGAUAUGUGGCAGAACGUGCCUUGAUUCCAACCUGGAUUAUAAUAUUGACAACAAGAUUGCACAUAUGAGAUCUUGUUGAAAACUGCCAUACUCUGCAGUGUGGGUUUGAUAGGUUUGAUGCUAGUAAUAAAGUACAUUCAAAAAUCUCAUUAAAAUAAUUUUGUUAUAUCAUGAUUCAUAUCCCGGCUAGCUGGGCUGGCUCUGCUCAUAUGAACAGCAUGUUCACUUGUGUACAAGUUCAUCUGUGCAUGUUAAUGUGUGCAGCUCAACCACCCAGAUAGUUUUUCUUAAUUAGUUUGUUGCCAUGUGUAGUCAUGGUUUUCUCAUAUCCUUUCUUUACCCAAGUAUGCCCUGAUGGAUAAUCUAUCUUUCUUUGGUAUAAAUCGAGCCAUCGUCUCCCGCCAGUCCAGAUGGAGACUAGCAGGGGAAAUAUAGUUACAGGGCCUGUUAAAUUUACAUUUUCCCUGUGGGGAGGUGUGGGUAUUUUUCAGAGUGACAUGGUACCAUAUUAUGAUUUGAUAUUUAUAUUUACAGUUCAUGAAAUAUGUUUGUCCAUGGAAUUUAUUGUUGUCAAAGAAACAGAUCCUAACUGGUAAAAUUGUCAAAUAUUAAAAUAAAUUAUUUAAGUACCAAUAGAAAACAAGUUGCAUGCUUUAAUUUUGUGGAGUCAUGAUUAAGGGGACAUUGUAACCUGAGUAUCAGGCCGUACUUUUUAGGGCACAGGCACGCCUGAUCGUGGGCGAAAGGGAGAAAAGUACGGCCUGACACAAAAGUGGAAUUUUGCCUGGUUGUUCAGUCCAGAAUCUGAUUGGCCGAUUAGACAAACGAUUUUUAAAUCUGUCAUUUGAUUGGCUGGUGCUAAUUAGAUUAUACUAUUGUUGUUGAUAUAUUUUAUAACGAUCACAAUUCACAACUACAAUUAUAGCCGGCCCACUAAACGGCUGAAUUUAAAUUAAAACUGCAGUAAAAUUAGAAAAUAAUCGCAAAUUAGCGAAAUAUAUUGCAAAUGUAGCUUAUAUUAAACCGCCAUCAGAUUGCACUAUCGACUGACGUAUAGUUAUAAAGUAUACUUAAUAUAUAUAUACUUUAUAAUUAUACGUCACUGUUUGUUGAUAAAUACGGCAAGCGCCAUGUAAAGCUCAUUGUAGUCACUGAAACCUCUGCGGAGGAGAGAGCAAUUGGGUGGCGAUUUAAUAUAAGCUACAUUUGCAAUAUAUUUCGCUAAUUUGUGAUUAUUUUUGUUAAUUUUAUAAGUUCAUUGCAGUUUUAAUUUAAAUUCAGCUGUUUAUUGGGCUGCCUAUGCUAUAAUUAGAUUGUUGUUGUCGUUGUGUGAAAUUUAAAUUUCUCCUGCAACAUUUUGAUUGGAUACUAAAUAUAAACUUUGCUGUGGGUGGAAAGCGAUCAGGUUAAGUUUUGUGUCAGGCUCUAUUUGUAAAAUAGAGCCUGAUACUCAGGUUAGUGAUCAGAAUGUUCCAUUGUCUUUUCAUUGUUUUGAAAAUCCCACUGUUCUCCAUGCCAUCCAGUCAUGAUCCAGUGGUCAGAAUGUUCCAUUGUCUUUUCAUUGUUUUGAAAAUCUCACUGUUCUCCACGUCAUCCAGUCAUGAUCCAGUGAUCAGAAUGUUCUAUUGUCUUUUCAUUGUUUUGAAAAUCCCACUAUUCUCCAUACCAUCCAGUCAUAAUCCAGUAAUCAGAAUGUUCUAUUGCAGGGUUCGUAGCGGUCUUUGAAAUCCUUGAAAGUCUUUAAAUUGGAAUGCAGGUCUUUGAGGUCUUUGAAAAGUCUUUAAAUUGUGUGAAAAAGCGAAGAAAAAAGUCUUUAAAUUCUUUAGUGAGGAAUUGAUUAUACGAUUUCCUAGCUAAUAAAAUAGAUUGAUUGAAUCAAGAUUUUCGGAAAUAUCGACGAAAAUGCACAUUUUAGGAUGUGAUUUGAUGGGACUAAUUACUGGGUAAAAAUAGUGCUUACACUCGCAAUUUUUUUGACAGCUGAUUGCUCUCAAAGGUCUUUGAAAAGUCUUUGAAAAUAGGCCGAAAAAAUCUUUGAAUUUUUUUGGUCUUGGAGACUACGAACCCUGUAUUGUCUUUUCAUUGUUUUGAAAAUCCCACUGUUCUCCAUGCCAUCCAGCCAUCCUCAAGUGGUCUGAAUGUUCCGUUGUCUUUUUAUUGUUUUGAUACAGACAUCACAAACAUCAUAUUCACCUGAGUACAUAACACGAACACACACAAAAAGUAUAAAUAGCAUGAUUUAAUAAUUUGAAAAGGUUUCAUAUCUAUCUAUUUAGGAUGGUAUAAAACCGAUGUGGGAAGAUGAGAAAAAUAAACAAGGUGGACGUUGGUUAGUGAACAGCAAUAGAGGUCAACGAACUGAAUUAGACAGAAUAUGGCUAGAAACGGUAAAAUAUUUAUUACAUUUUAAAAUUGUAUAUUAUAUAUUUGUAUUAAAAAAAAAUUUCAUCAAAUCUAAUUUCCUGGAAUGAACUACAAAGAUUUAAUUACCAUUGUUGUAUUUCUCAAAACCAAAGUUGAAAGACCAGCAUCUUUCGUCCACUUGGCAGUGACUAUAGCCCAUUUUUAAAAAUUUUUUAUACACUGUACAUUUCUCAAGCGGCAAACAAACUUAAAAAGUAUGUUUAGUGCUUUAUCUGUAAAGUUGUGCUAAAAUGAAGAGAUUUUCGAUGUACGCCAAAGAGAAAAUGAUGUCUGAAGUUCAGUACGUUUUACUUCUGUUGCUGUAUAAAUAUGGCGUCAAUUUUACAGCAUCAACAGGCCUUAAAAUAUUGGUCGGUCACGGACAUUGUCUGACCCAUUCGUCAAAUUGUCCGACGUAGAGAGGAAUCCACUGGACAUUCUGUCCGACCUAAGUGAAACUGAGAUUUAUUGUUUGUCCGACCUGAGCGAAUUGGUGUCCGACCGAACUGUAACUUUGUCCGACGCUUUCUCCAUGCAUGUAAAUCAAAAUGUACCCUAGUCCAGGACUAGAGGCUCGUAUGUAAUAAUGGAGAAUUAGAGUAUUGUACAAAAAUGAACUGGAAAUGUUUUCAUUUAGUUCAGAAUUAGUACAUUGUGCUGAUAUUAAUUUGCGUUAUUCAGACGAGCCAAACUGAACUGAAGGUCAUCGGACAUUAUCAUACAUAUGUCCAACCCAAACCCAAAGUCAUCGGACAUUUUGUCAGACGGCCCUGUAAAAGAUAUUUUAAGGCCUGAAUGAUAAUUGUAUUUAAGUUGACAAUAUUGUGUUUCUCAACCGUCAGAUACAUUUAAAAAGGUUGCUAACUGUGUAAAUCACAAAAUAAAGCUAAAACAAAGUAAUUUUGAGAGCAACGCAAAAGGUUUUGAAUGCUUUUCAUUGCAAAUACGCAACAUUGAAAAUUGAAAAAAAUUCCUCUUAGACUUAGGUCAGGAUUUUUUGUUUCAAUUAUUGUUAUUAACCAUUAAUUUGCAUAUCUGCACCCUAAUGCACCCCACUUUAUCAUUUUACUCUCUCUAACGCCAGACAAUUGUAUUUGUCAAGUGGGAGUCUUGCACAUUAAUGGUUCCACGAUUAUAAAUUGAAACCAAUACAUAGAACUCUUGUGGUGGUGAAGUAUGAUUGAUUUGCAAGAGUUUUUAUUAAUUACUUACAGUAUAUCAUUAUUUGCAGUUAUUAUGUCUUGUUGGCGAAGCUUUUGAUGAUUACUCAGAUUUAGUAUGUGGUACCGUAGUUCAGAUACGAGCUAAGAUGGAUAAACUUGCCGUAUGGACGGGGAACGCUAAGGAACAACAAGCUAAUGUCACGAUAGGGUAAGACAAAGAUUAUGUUGGCAUCUGACUUGAUUCAGUAAUAGUUGAAGGAUCUUGUAGAUGCAAUUAUCGAGUGGAAAUUUAUAUACAUUUAUUAGGCGUAGCCAGGAACAGCUACGAAAAAUGCAACUACAGUGCAUAGGCCCUCUGGCAGAAAUUGAACCAUGCUUGUAUAUUUAAUUUUUUUGCAGGUGUAUAGCCAAAAAACAUUUUCAGUUAGCCCUGCGUAGUCCAAACUUGCUCGCUUCGCUUGAAGCUUGCACAUUGCGACAUGGGCACAAGAAAUUGUUUUGAGUUAUGUUUCAUAUGGUCAAAAUAUAAGAAUAUUCGAAUAAGAUUCGGCUACAGAACUGGAAAUUUUAAGUUUUUGAUGGCAUCAUUUGAUCAAUUUACGUUUUGGGUACAACUCUUAUUAAAUCUGGUCGGUAAAUAUUGCAGGAUGUAUUCGGAAAAAUUUUAUAAAAGCUAUAUACACAUGCGAAGUAAUAUGACGAUAGUCAUCGGGCAUGACGAUAAUUUCCAUAUAUCGUCGCCCAAGUUUCUACUGUACCUUCGAUACGAUAAUCGCGAUUGAAAAUAUCGCGAUAAAUCGAAAUAUCACCCAACCCUAUCUACUUUAUAGCCUGGUUAUUUUCGAAAACGACGUACUAUUUCGUAAAACUGAUUUAGUUAUUUGCCAUCUUAAAUCUUGAAGUUAUUUUGUUGAAGAAUGAAAGUAGUGAUACAUUAUAAUUUGGUUCCAGAGUUCAGUUAUGUUGCCAUCUAAUCAAUAUACACUUGUAAUUUGGAUGACUGUAAGACCCCCUAGAAUUUUCACUUGUUCGUCUUGCUUUUGUUUUAAAUCUUACUGCUAACGUUUUAGUUGAGGAAAUAUGAAAAGUUGAAGUAAAAUUUUGAUUUUUGCAGAAGAAUAAUUAAAACAAGAUUACAGCUUCCUCAUAAAAUGUCUAUUGGUUUUCAGGUAGGGAAAUGUUAUAUACCCUUGCAGAUUGAAUUCAACUAUCUCACUUUGGCCAAUAUUAAGUAUCUAAUGAAAAUCCCACUGUUCUCCAUGCCAUCCAGUCAUGAUCCAGUGAUCAGAAUGUUCCAUUGUCUUUUCAUUGUUUUGAAAAUCCCACUGUUCUUCAUGCCAUCCAGUCAUGAUCCAGUAAUCAAAAUGUCUUUUCAUUGUUUUGAAAAUCCCACUGUUCUCCAUGUCAUCCAGUCAUGAUCCAGUAAUCAAAAUGUUCCAUUGUCUUUUCAUUGUUUUGAAAAUCUCGCUGUUCUCCAUGCCAUCCAGUCAUGAUCCAGUGAUCAGAAUGUUCCAUUGUCUUUUCAUUGUUUUGAAAAUCCCACUGUUCUCCAUGCCAUCCAGUCAUGAUCCAGUAAUCAAAAUGUUCCAUUGUCUCUUCAUUGUUUUGAAAAUCCCACCGUUCUCCAUGCCAUCCAGUCGCGAUCCAGUGAUCAGAAUGUUCCAUUGUCUUUUCAUUGUUUUGAAAAUCACACUGUUCUCCAUGCCAUUCAGUCACGAUCCAGUGAUCAGAAUGUUCCAUUGUCUUUUCAUUGUUUUGAAAAUCACACUGUUCUCUAUGUCAUCCAGUCACGAUCCAGUGAUCAGAAUGUUCCAUUGUCUUUUCAUUGUUUUGAAAAUCCCACUGUUCUCCAUGCCAUCCAGUCGCGAUCCAGUGAUCAGAAUGUUCCAUUGUGUUUUCAUUGUUUUGAAAAUCCCACUGUUCUCCAUGUCAUCCAGUCACGAUCCAGUGAUCAGAAUGUUCCAUUGUCUUUUCAUUGUUUUGAAAAUCACACUGUUCUCUAUACCAUUCAGUCACGAUCCAGUGAUCAGAAUUUCCAUUGUCUCUUCAUUGUUUUGAAAAGCCCACUGUUCUCCACGCCAUCCAGUCAUGAUCCAGUGAUCAGAAUGUUCCAUUGUCUUUUCAAUGUUUUGAAAAUCUCACUGUUCUCCAUGCCAUCCAGUCAUGAUCCAGUGAUCAGAAUGUUUCAUUGUCUCUUCAUUGUUUUGAAAAUCCCACUGUUCUCUAUGUCAUCCAGUUACGAUCUUGUGAUCAGAAUGUUCCAUUGUCUUUUCAUUGUUUUGAAAAUCCCACUGUUCUCCAUGCCAUCCAGUCAUGAUCCAGUAAUGAAAAUGUUCCAUUGUCUUUUCAUUGUUUUGAAAAUCUCACUGUUCUCCAUGCCAUCCAGAGUCACGAUCCAGUGAUCAGAAUGUUCCAUUGUCUUUUCAUUGUUUUGAAAAUCCCACUGUUCUCCAUGCCAUCCAGAGUCACGAUCCAGUGAUCAGAAUGUUCCAUUGUCUUUUCAUUGUUUUGAAAAUCUCACUGUUCUCCAUGCCAUCCAGAGUCACGAUCCAGUGAUCAGAAUGUUCCAUUGUCUUUUCAUUGUUUUGAAAAUCCCACUGUUCUCCAUGCCAUCCAGAGUCACGAUCCAGUGAUCAGAAUGUUCCAUUGUCUUUUCAUUGUUUUGAAAAUUCCACUGUUCUCCACGCCAUCCAAUCACGUACCAGUAAUCAGAAUGUGCAAUUUGAUUGUUUUGCAUAUAUUUUCAGACGCAUGCAGAUACGAUGAUAAAGACAGGAUCAACGACUAAGAAUCUAUACACUGUUUGA